AUGGCUGAUGAAACUACUUCGUAUUCGCAGGCCUAUCUCAACGAGUCUCGGCAGCCGAUGCUUAUAUCGAUUGCCAUACUUUUUAUGGCCGCGAGUACAACUAUUGUAAUAUUAAGAUUUGUCUCCCGGCGAAUCGGAGAGGUUGGAUUGCAUCGCGAAGACAUCUUUAUCUUACUUGGCUGGGCCUUUUACAUGGCAUUUAUUGGAGUUGCCAUAGGAGAUGUCAAAUAUGGCGGUGUUGGUUUACAUCAAGCGCGAGUGGUCGCAAUCGACCCGCAUAUGAUGGUGAACUGGGCCAAGUUUCUUCUCGCAAUCGUCUUCAUCUAUUCGUUAUCGGUGAUUUGGCCAAAGUUUGCCAUCCUCAGUCUCUAUAUCUCGCUAUUCUCCAUUCAUAGAGUGUCACGAAUUAUCUGCUAUGCUACUGGCAUACUCAUAGCCACCAACGCGGCCGCCAACGUCGCGGCAGGUUUUGCCAUCUGCAGACCGCUCGACGCCUUGUGGACUGGAGACAUAGCAGAGCACUGUUUCAACAUCAAUGCUUUCUUUCGGUAUUCACGUAUUGUCAACAUUAUUUCCGACGUCGCAAUGUUGAUAUUGCCUAUUCCGCAUAUUGUUCGCUUGCAAUCAAGAACGCGACUGAAAAUCGGUUUGGUGAUCACAUUCCUCUCGGGCAGUCUGUGA